AACUAUGACUCUCCAAUUUCCCUUAAACUAAUUAACUCAAUAACAAAUCAUCAUAAACAAAAAAAAAAUCAUGGGAAGUUUAAAGGGUAUAUUGUUGGUGGCACUUAUAGUGUGCUACUCCAUGCAAGUUGUGGUAAGUCAAUAUGAUCAUGAAGAAGAGAGGAGGGCUAAGGAGGAAGAUUGGAAAAGGAGGGAGAAGACGGCGGAGGAAGAGCGGCGACACCGGCAUCGGAGUUGGGAUGAGGAUGAGGAUGAGGAUGAGGAAGGGGGGAGGGAGCCGAGGCCGAAGCCGAGGCCGGAGCCGUAUGGACCGGGAGGGGGAGGGAAGGGAGAGAUGUUUUUGUUAAAGGAUUCAAAGAAGGUGGUGAGUACACAAGCAGGGGAAAUGAGGGUGGUUAAAGGGUAUGGAGGGAAAAUUGUGGAGAGUCCACUUCAUAUUGGUUUUAUUACUAUGGAACCCCGUUCACUUUUUGUUCCUCAGUACUUGGAUUCUUCCUUGAUUCUUUACAUACGUAGAGGUGAAGCAAAACUUGGAUUCAUCUAUGAUGAUAAGCUAUCGGAAAGGAAACUAAAGAAUGGAGAUGUCUACAGAAUACCAGCUGGUUCGACUUUCUAUAUUGUUAACACUGGAGAGACUGAAAGGCUUACUAUCAUUUGUAGCAUUGAUCCCUCGGAAGGCUUGGGCUUCGGUACCUUCCAGUCUUUCUUCAUCGGAGGAGGAAGAGAUCCUGUUUCGGUGUUGGCUGGAUUUGAUCCUCGAACUCUUUCCACUGCGUUCAAUGUCUCCAUAGGACAGUUAAGGGAAUUCAUGACAGGUCAAGAUGCAGGACCAAUCGUAUAUGCCGAUACAACCCAUGCUCCUAGUUUGUGGGCGAAUUUCCUCAAACUAAAGGGAGAAGAGAGACUAGAACGUCUAAAGAUGGUGGCACCGAAUACAGGUUCUGAUGAGCCUAAAAUAGAACAACCCAAGAGUUCUUGGUGGAACAUUUUUGAUUCUCUACUAGGGACCGAAAACAAGAAAGGGGAAAAGAAGGAUGAUUCGCGAACAGGUUCUAGUCCAGACUCUUACAAUCUUCGUGAUCAAAAACCUAGUUUCAAAAACGACUAUGGCUGGAGUAUUGCUGUUGAUAAGCACGAGUAUAAGCCACUUAAGAAAUCCGGCAUUGGACUCUACUUGGUUAAUUUGGCCGCGGGCUCCAUGAUGGCACCUCAUGUAAACCCCAUGGCAACAGAAUAUGGCGUCGUCCUAUCUGGGGUUGGCACCAUCCAAGUCGUCUUCCCUAAUGGCACAUCAGCAAUGAACGCGGAGGUGAAAGAAGGUGACGUGUUUUGGAUACCAAGGUACUUCCCAUUCUGCCAGAUUGCUUCUCGGUCUGGCUCAUUUGAAUUCUUCGGGUUCACCACCUCUGCCCAUGAAAACCGGCCUCAGUUCUUAGUUGGCGCUUCUUCAAUCUUAAGAAGCAUGCGCGGCCCAGAAUUUGCUACUGCUUUUGGUUUGACAGAAGACAGGUUCUAUGAUAUAAUAGAUGCUCAGAGGGAGGCUGUCAUCCUCCCUUCACCAUCUGCUGCUGCACCCGGUGACAGGCCAGAUUCGAAGGGAAAGGAAACAAAACCCGAUGAGAGGUCAGAGUCCGAGGGAGAGGAGAAGAAGGCGGACGAGUCCAAGGGAGAGGAGAAGAAAGUGGGGAUUGAGAAGGUGCCAAAGUACAUGAGAAGCCUAGGCACUGAAAUGAUCAUGGGUUUUGAGUAAUUUGUAGUAAUGCUUCUUGUAUCAGAGUAAAUUUAUAAUUUGUGUCUAAUUUGUAGUUUUUGGCAUGUCAGUAAAUUUUGUGUUUCUUCACAGAUUUACCUUUUGUUUAUGAGUUGUAAAAUAAAAAUGCAGAUGAUUUUACUUUUGGUUUUUCUGUAA